GCUUGGUGUCUCUAUUGUUACAGCCCAGCAACAGGGAACCAGAUAGAGGCAGCUAGCAAGGGAGACGGGUUACUUACAGCGUGCUAGACCGGGGAAGUAAGGGGUAAAACCAAGGCAGACCCCGAAGAAAGGGGAACCAACUCAAGCCAGAACUAACAAACUGUUGGACAUAGGAGUGACAGGCUGUAGAGCUUAUCUAGGCCUCAGAUAAAAGCACUGUGUGCCAGGAUCUAUCCAUGGGUUUGGGGUUCGCCUUAUUUUACUAAUUAUUUGGGUUACUCCUUGGCCUCGUGUACCUGGCCAUGUCCCAGUAACCCUUCCCUUCAGUGACCCCGCCCAUGGGGGGGAAGCAGAGCUCAACCUCCCGAUCCCGGGCCCCGUUUCCCGGGGUCUCCUCAGAUGACACGGCCGUGCCUCCUACAUCUCAUUUCGGACAUUACCGGCCGGGCGGCUCCAUGGGUUUAAGAAGCCGCUCUGUAAGCUCAGUGUCCGGACUGGAGCCCCCCACCGCCGGUCUACCUUUCGGCCUGUACCGGGCCGGACCGGAACCUGAUAGAGGUGGUAGCUCUGCCGGCGAAGAGUCAAGGGGAGGCCUCUACCUGGGCCCACGGGCUUCGCUAACUGACACUCUGCAGCUGGCACCAAGGUGGAUCGGGGCUCAUGGUGGUUUCCGUUGCCCAAUUUGCUCAAAGUCUGUAGCCUCUGAUGAGAUGGAGAUGCACUUUAUUAUGUGUCUGAGUAAGCCUCGGCUAUCCUAUAACGAUGACGUAUUAACGAGGGAUGCGGGAGAAUGUGUAAUCUGCCUAGAAGAUCUCACGCAAGGGGACACAAUAGCCAGACUGCCCUGUUUGUGCAUCUAUCACAAAAGCUGUAUAGAUUCCUGGUUUGAGGUGAACAGAUGCUGUCCUGAACACCCUUCAGAUUGACCUGUGGUCAUAUCAGCUGAUUUUUCCUAUAAGAGCACUGGGUAUUGCCCGCUUUAGGAUCACAGACUGCUGGGGUUGUUUGGACUGCUUUUCACAUACAUCCCUUCUCCCACUGCGCUCCUUCUGUUACCCUUAAAUCAAGACAAAGGGAAUAGCAAAGGCUAAACGGAGCGCUCUUUCCCUUAACAUCUCUAAAUACUUACAUGGAGAAAGCAGAAGAGAUGAGAUUGCUGGAGCUGAAUCCUCAGAGGCUGGGUGCGUUUGUAAGCAAACCUGCUAGCGUCUGUACUGGUUGAUGACACAGAAGACAUAGGUCUAAUCUGCUCUUGUAAAAGGAGGACACAAGGGCAGAAGGGGAAAAGGAGUUUCUUGCCCCAACUUUAACCCUAUUAUUGCCCUUUAACAGGGUAUAUGUUGCAAUUCGUAUUGCCAUGAUAAGUGUCUAUAUAUUUUUUUUUUUCUUUUCCGGCACUUUGCACUGAACAUUUAUAUAUAGUUUGAUGGAGAGGAGGCACCAUGUGUGUUCGCUUCCAGUAGAAGUGAGAUUUGGUGGAUUAGGGACUUUUUGUCUGCGUUUUCAUUAAGUAUAUUGAUGGCAUUUUUAUUUUUUAAAGAAAAAAUGUAAAAAGGCUUCCACAAUCUUGUGGAAUUUUACAGUGCUUCCCACAGGACUGGGGGCAGCAAAAUGAGUACCUAUUCUUUAGUAGAUGUGCUAGCUGCUGUUCCUCUCUCUUUUAGAAACAAGAUUUUGCACAGAGAGGAAACAGUGUUAUGAAAGGCCAAAGGAUUGAUCGCUGCUCAUUACAGGUCAUUCUUGUAAACAGGUUUAUAUAUAUAAAAAAAAGUUUUGAGUAGUACAUUUUAAAGGUUUUCUUUUGUUAGACAAACCAGUAGGCCAAAUAAAAAAAAUGCUUUGUUGCAGCUUUCAGUAAAGAAAGUGUCAAAUAGGGGAAAAACAACAAAUGGAGUCUACUUUACAAGUUAUUCUGAUGCAGAUUGAGGUUGAUCGCGCUCCGGUAUGUAUGGCCCUCUGUUAUACUGAGGUGUGUCCAGCCUUGACUUGUAAGUGCACUUCUCAGUUUUGUAUUUUAUCGGCUUGUUAAUGAGCAGUGCUAAAACCUACAAAAAGUCAUAAUUAUGACUAUAACGUCAGCAUCUGAUGCCCAUAAUUGAUACACACAAGCAAACUGGAGGAACAAUAAAACAGAUUGCUGGUCAGUGGUGUUAAAAAGAUAACUAUUUUGUAUUAGAAUCCCUGCGUAGUUAAUUCCUCAUAUUGAUAGAAAUAAAGUCACAUGUCUUUGCAUGCUUUGUUUUUUAAGCAAUGCUGCCACCAAAAUGCUGUAGCCUAUUCAUAAUAUUAGUCUGGGCACACUUAUUUUAGAGCAUGGGGGGGGCGGAAAUGGUCAUGGUGCUCCAUUGCACAUAAGUACUUCUGUUAAUCUUGAUAGUCUGAGGGGGUGGCAUUAAUAGCAACCUGAGAGGAAGCAGGAGAUGUAUCUCUGAAGAGGAUCUUUACUGGUAUUCAUUUUGUAAGUUUAAUAAUUAUAAAUUCAGAGGUGGAUUAUCCAGUUCACUUAGAUGUUGUGUUCCUGUUGGCUCUUCUGCUAUGUAAAGGGAGGUCACAGCUGCAUCCUUGAGUUUCCAAACCGGAUAGGGAGGACUUGAAUCAGCAGGGACAUUGUGGAACACAGCUAAAUAAUGGGUAUACAGAGAGAGCUGCAUCAAUACAUAAACUUUGUGUUUAUAUACAUAAAAAAGAUUGAUUGAAAUGAUUAUACAUAUAUGUGUGUGUGUGUGUGUGUGUAUAUAUGUGUGUGUAUGUGUGUAUAUAUAUAUAUAUAUAUAUAUAUAUAUAUAUAAUACAUGCAUAAUGAUACUCAUACACAUCUGCACACUUUAUUUGUAUGCGUUUGUGCCAAACUACCAAGCAAACAUGGAAGGUACUCAACAUAUUUAUGGCUGUUUCAAAUAAGCCAAGAACCUGCAAACCCAAUUUUGUUUUGUCUAACUCUACAAUGUUUCGACCAUUGAAACUUUAAUGGUUAAUUUGUCAGCAUUUUUGGUAACAAGUAACUGUAAUAAAUGAACUAUUGAAGAGUUACUAUACAGACUUUCCUUAUACAAAUAAUAGGUUGAAAAACACACCUUAACUUUUAUGCUGUUAAAUUUCUACCUUUUAUUGUUAGUUACAUCUUCUAGAUUGUUUUACAGUCUACUCUUACGGGGCUGUUCAGUGCUUCAGUGUGGGGAGCAUAAACCUAGCCAGAAUAAUAAUUAGACACACAAACAUUUUUAUUUUUAAUAACUCCAAGAGAUAAAAAAAAAUGUUUAAAGGGACAGUAAAGUCAAAAUUAAACUUACAUAAUUCGUCAGAGCAUGCAAUUUUAAACAACUUUCCAAUAAACUUCUGUUAUCAAAUUUGCUUCGUUCUCUUGGUAUGUUUUAUUGAAGUCUAAAACUAGUUAGGUUUAUAAGAGCUCAGGAGUUUGCACAUGUAUUUUGUACUCUAUGGCAGCAGUGUUUUGCAUCAUUUGUAGCUUUGUUAUACAAUGUUGCAAAACACUGCUGUACUAAAGGCACAUUCCUGAGCUCUUGUGAGCCUACAUAGUUUUACUCCUCAAUAAAAGAUUCCAAGAGAACAAAGCAAAUUUGAUAACAGAAGUAAAUUGUAAAGUUGUUUAAAAUUGCAUGCUCUAUCCAUAUCAUAAAAGCUUCAUUUUGACUGUCCCUUUAAAGGGACAUUAAAUACAUAUUUUCCUUGUUGCAUCUGAGAGAGGGCAUUUUAGAAUGGUUUAUAGUUUUUGUAAUCAAGUUACUUAAAGAGAUACUAAACCCAUUUUUUUUUUCUUUUGAUUCAUAAAGCAUGUGCAAUUUUCUAAUUUACGCCUAUCAUCAAUUUUUCUUUGUUCUCUUGCUAUCUUUAUUUGAAAAAGCAAGAAUGUAAGUUAAAGGGACAGUAAACACCAGAAUAUUUGUUGUUUUAAAAGAUAGAUAUUCCAUUUAUUACCCAUUUCCCCAAUUUUGCAUAACCAACACAGUUAUAAUAAUAUACUUGUUACCUCUGUGAUUACCUUGCAUCUAUGGCUCUGCAAACUGCCCCCUUAUUUCAGUUCUUUUGACAGACUUGCAUUUUUAGCCAAUCAGUGCUUGCUCCUAGGAGCUUCACGUGCCUGAGCUCAAUGUUAUCUAUAUGAAACAAAUGAACGAACACCCUCUAGUGGUGAAAAACUGUUAAAAUGCUUUCAGUUUAGAGGUGACCUUCAAGGUCUAAGACAUUAGCUUAUGAACCUCCUAGAUUUAGCUUUCAACUAAGAAUAUCAAGAGAACAAAGCAAAAUUGGUAAUAAAAGUAAAUUGGAAAGUUGUUUAAAAUUACAUGCCCUAUUUAAAUCAUGAGGUUUUUUUUUUUUACUUGACUGUCCCUUUAAGGAGCCGGCCCAUUUUUUUUGUUCAGCACCUGGGUUGCGCUUGCUGAUUGGUGGGAGCCGGCCCAUUUUUUUUUUUGUUCAGCGCCAGGGUUGCGCUUGCUAAUUGGUGGCUAAAUGUAGCCACCAUAUAAACAAGCACUAUCCAGUGUUCUGAACCAAAAAUGGGCCGGCACCUUGCUUAGAUUCCUGCUUUUUCAAAUAAAGAUAGCAAGAGAACGAAUAAAAAUUUAUAAUAGGCGUAAAUUAGAAAGUUGCUUAAAAUUACUUGCUCUAUCUAAAUUGUUAACGAAAAUUUGGGUUUAGUAUCCUUUUAACUGAAGGGGGAAAAAAAACACAAUCAUUAUUUUUAUGCUUGUGAGACUUGUUCACUAGUAAUGUAGUGGGAGUUUUAUCAGUUAACAAUCAGUCCUAGGAGUUCAAUUUUACACAUUGUACACUUCCUGUUGGCAUCAAAAUAAACUAACUUGAUCCUUUGUCAUCAGGAAAAAAAUUUUUUUACAUUGCAUAAAUGGUUCUUUCAUAUGCAUGGGGAGGUUUCUUUUUUAGAUUUAAUGUCCACUUAAAAAAAAAAAGGUUGCCUGUCACUGACAAUUUUAAUGUAUUAAUUGCUAAAAAAAAAUCAAAGGUAUAAAAGCUAACGUAUGUUUUAAAAACUAAACACUUUCUAUGUGGCCUAGUAAUGCCAUCCAUGUUUUCCUUUAACGCUGUUAAAAACUUGAUUUAUGGAGUAUUGCUGAUUUCUUGUUUACCUUCCUUGAGAUCUCAUGCCCAAGAUCCAUCCAUCAUCCUGAAUUCUAUAGGUUGCUGUAUUUAUUAUAAAGCUGGAGAGUUUUUGCAUUUGUUCUAUAAAGUUUACUGUCAUGCUGUGCUACUGUAAGUGGAGCUGUAGAGUACUGUGAAUCUCACUCCACCUAGUGGCAACUCAUGUCCUCAAGUGAGGAUUGAAUCAAAAAUAUUUUAGGUCAAAACUUGAGUGAUUCCAGCAGUUUCGGAAUCCCUUCCUAUACAUUUUUUUUGUUUCCCCCUCUUUUAAAGAAAAUAAAUUUUAUAAGUGGAUAAGAGGCAAAAUAUGGACUGUGUUGUAUAUCUGUUGUUCUAAAAUAAAGGAGUUGGUCUUUGCAAA